AUGAUGGUUCCUGAGUUUACUCUUGGUUUUUGGGUGCUUCUACAUCUGAUUAGUCCUGUGGCUAAUUAUGCAAAUGGAAAAGUAACUGAGGCAUGUUACACAAUGGUUCCUCGCCAUGGCCACACUCCACAGUCAGAGCCUGUUCAUAAAAUCACAUUGAAUCAGACCACAUUCCAUCCAGGAGAUAUUAUCAAAGUUACUUUGUCUGGACCACUAUUUAAAGGAUUCCUUCUAGAAGCCCGUAAUGCUAAGGAUUUGAAUGGCAGUCCCAUUGGUUCCUUCAGGCUGAUUGAUGAGGAAGUGUCCCAGCUUCUGAAUUGUGAUCAAAAAGAGGGAUCAGCUGUUAGUCAUACAAGUCCAUCAAAAAAAACCCAAAUACAGGUCUACUGGAAUGCACCAAGAAAUGCUGAGGUCUCUAUACAAUUUUUAGCCACUGUUGUUGAGAAGUACAAAAUCUACUGGGUUAAGAUUCUCAGCCCAAUACUUUCCCCAUCAAAUGUACAUCCUUUUACAAUGUCCCAGACUACAACAAUAUCUUCACCAACAUCAAAACCUAUUGCCACUCUAAAAAAAUCGUUCAGUGCACUGGAUUGUGGGGGAAAAAAGUUCUGUAUUAGGAAUCCUGUGAACUGUGAUCCAGAGAAUGAAUACCACUGUUUCUUUCUCUCCUUUGAGAGACAGAAUCAUUCAGUGCUGAUUGAAAUGAGUGGCCCUAAUGAAGGCUAUUUAUCCUUUGCUUUGUCUCAUGAUCAAUGGAUGGGUGAUGAUGAUGUUUAUAUGUGUAUUCAUGAAGAUGAGACUGUGCACAUAUAUCCUUCUUAUGUAUUUGGACGAAGUCAUCCUGUGUUCGAUUCUCCGGUUGUCCUUGAAACUAUGGCAUGGAGGCUGGCUGAUGGUGUUAUUCAGUGUUCUUUUAGGAGAAAUAUUAGUCUUCCUGGUUCGAAGAGAUUUGAUCUGGACCAGAAGUAUUACAUAUUUCUAGCAGAUGGAGUCACUAAUGAUGGUCAGAUUCAUAAGCAUUCACAGCAACCUCUGAUUACCAGUGAAAAGCAUGAUGUGACUGCCCAUCCAAAGAAUAUAGGAGGCUCCCGAUCUCCACUCCUCCUGAAGUUUCAUGGUGCAUUCAUGUUUGUGGCCUGGAUGACAACUGGGAGCAUUGGUGUGCUGGUUGCCCGAUUCUUCAAACCUGUGUGGCCCAAAGCCUUCCUGUUUGGUGAGGCAGCCUGGUUUCAGGUACAUCGGAUUCUCAUGCUCUGUACCUCUGGUCUCACCAUGGUUGGCUUUGUACUUCCUUUCAUAUAUAGAAAAGGCUGGAGUCAGGCAGCAGGCUAUCAUCCAUACCUUGGUUGUGUUGUGAUGAUGUUAGCAGUUCUUCAGCCACUUCUAGCAAUUUUCAGGCCACCAUCUCAUGAUUCAAGACGGCAGAUAUUUAAUUGGACUCAUUGGGGGACUGGCACUGCUGCUAGGAUACUAGCAGUGGCAGCAAUGUUUCUGGGGAUGGACUUACCAGGACUUGAUCUUCCCUCUCCAGCAAAAACUUAUGCAAUGAUUGGAUUUGUAGCUUGGCAUGUUGGCACUGAGAUCCUCCUUGAAAUACAUGCCUACCGGCUCACAAGGAAAGUUGAAAUACUAGAAGAUGAUAGGAUUCAGAUUCUUCAGUCAUUUUCAACUGCUGAAGCAGAGGGCCAUGCAUUUAAAAAGGUGGUUUUAGUCACCUAUAUUUGUGGAAAUUUAGCUUUUCUCUUCAUAUUCUUAUCUGCAAUCAGCCGGCACUGAUCUAACUUCCAACAGUUAGUGAACGAAGACACAGAAUCUUGGACUUGAACGAUGAGGAGAUGAUGAGACUCAAUAUCUGUAUUAACUGCUGCCAAUUGUUUCCUGAAAUUUUAGUUUGGAAGAUGAGUCCUGUCUAUGAAGAGAUUCUGAGCUAGGAUCCCUGAAAAUAAACUUUCUAUAGUGUUUCCAGGAUAA